AUGGAUUUGUUGAACCCUGAAAGUGCAGUGCUGGUUGGGAACUGGUUCAUUCUGGUCGGUCUCAUCAAUGGCGACACAAUCACCUUGGAAAUAGAUGUGGCGAACCUUUAUGUGGUGGCUUUUAGUGGUGCAAAUAACAAAUCCUACUUUUUCAACGACGUUAUGGCACUUCAAUACGAAAAUUUAUUUGUCGGCACCCAAAAAACCAACUUAACCUUCACCGGCAACUAUAUCAGCCUUCAGAAGCAGACAUGGGUUAGGGAGAGGGACCAACUCCCUCUGAGACCAACUCCCCUAGCUGAGGCCAUCACAAGGUUGUGGUACAGUGGAAGCGAAGCCGAACCGCUCCUUGUGGUCAUUCAGAUGGUCUCGGAAGCGGCAAGGUUUAAAUACAUUGAGGAGCAAGUCCGCAAAAGCAUAACCGAUGGAAACACUUUUACACCAAAAGGUUUGAUCGUGAGCAUGGAGAACAAAUGGUCAGCUAUGUCCAGGCAGAUUCAGCUUUUGACAGAUGGAGAACACUUCAUUAACACCGUUCAACUUCAAGAUGACAAUUACAAGCCCCUCAUAAUGAACGAGUUUACUACACUCUGUCGCUAUACCAUGAUAGCGAUUCUUCUCCAUAUAGACAGUGAGACUACUACUAGUAGUUAUAGCAAUAUUGCUCUAGCCGAGCACCUUGUCAACAAUGAAUUGUUAAAACUCUGA